UUCUAAUUUCAGGAUAUAUUGUCCACGAAAUUGUAUGCAGGAAAAUCCCCAUCUGGCUCGGGUUAUUGGAACCCGCAUCUAUUCCGAUAGAUCCAGUAUUUGCAGAGCAGCCGUACAUGCUGGGGUUAUUCAUAAUCAUGAAGGAGGUUAUGUUGACGUGAUGCCAGUGGACAAAAAAAAGUAUUAUGUUGGCUCAUACCAGAAUGGAAUAUUCUCUGAAAGCCUUAAGAAUCCACCUGGAGCUAAAGCAUUCAGAAUAUUUGCAGUCAUCUGAUUCCAUGAGAAAAUAAUACAGGAAAGUCAGUUCAGUACUUGGAAGAAGCAAAGUGUUUCAACUAUUUGUUAUGCUUUUUGCUGAGUUGUGAUAUUGGCAGAAACAGUUUAGUCCGUUGUAAGUCAAACAUUUCUGUGCCAUACAUUGAAAAAAAAACAUAUUGCUGAAUAUCAGAAACACAGGUUAGAGGUGCUCAAUAAGGUAAUAAUAAAAUUCCCUUAUUUUUGUUAUACUUAAUAAAUUCACAUUUCUGUAAUUACUGUUUUGUUACAGAAUGCUGCUAACUCAAUGGUCAUACCAAAAAUAUACACACAAAAUUCAACUGAAAACCAAGAUUAGACAGGAUUAACCUAAUGCUUUACAAACCUGGCAGUUACUCCUGCAGGCCAGGAUGUAAGUCAAUUAUAAUAAUGUGUUAUCAGUAGAAAUGGAAAGCUUGUGGAGACUGUAAGGGAGAAAUUGGAACUCACCGCACCCAUUUCUUCAAUGAAGAAAGAACAUUGGGAGACCCGAUUUUGCAGCCCAAUCUCUUGUACCCAAUCUUUCCCAGGAAUGCAGCAGCUGACAACCUGGAAGCUGGAUAUUCCCAUUGGCCAGGAUCUCCACCUGAAACAGGUGUUAGGCACUUUGGAAAUGCAGAUGGAGGUCCUAACACUGGUUAUGAAAGCCCAUAUCAAUUUUGUAAUGAAUGACUUGAUCCUCGCAUAUUCUGCCCAGUUGAGCUGGGUUUUCAGCAACCCAUUUGAUGGCCCUUAAAGGGACCGUUGGAGGCUUCCCCCCAAAAAAAGGUAAGUGUACCUUUUCAUGUUUGUGGAACCAGUUGGAAUAUGAGUAUCCUCCUGUUUUGGCAAACGUACUGGGGUGUGCUCCCACCUUUUUCCCUCUGGUUUGGCUCCCUUUCUCUCUCCACCCACCUGCAGGCUGGUUUGGUGCUGUUACCUGUGAGCUGAAUUAGAUAAUCAAUAGGCAUCUGUAGCAAAUAGGGCCCGAGCUAAAUUUCCAGAGGCUCAGGCAUUGCUUUUGGGUGGGUAUUCACUUUGUGACACUCAUUUCAUAUCAGUUAUCAGCAUGAGUCUUAUUUCUUGGCCAAAAUGGCAAAAUCCUUCAUACCAGCCCGUUUAAAGUCAUUAGAUAACAUUCCUGGCCGUGUUAACGUAAUUUAUAUAUGGGUGGGCCAUGUAAUUUGGAUUAUAAAGCACUACUUUGGAAAAUAAGAUAGCACACUUACUUUCCAUGUUUUGAUAUAUGAAACAUGGUACAAAGGUGAUAUCUGUUACUAUUAAAAACACUUGCUUACAGACCA